AUGAAUCUCCAACCUGGCCGACAGAGCGCUAACCAAGCAGAGAGCUUGCCACCUCCGCCCGGCACCCUUUGCUGCCUUGCUGACCUGCCCUCACCUGCACCGACGGGCCCUCUCCCGGUCGCUCGAGUGUCCCCUACUUCUUUAUCUCUGUUGGUAGAAGAGCAUCUGAGGGGCGGCGAGGAGAGCGGUCAUUAUGGGGGUCACGUGCAUGAGGGUGCAUUCACAAUAAGGCCAGAUUGCACCCCUUUGAAGACUCAAUUUUUGGACAAGCACCAGCACCCUGCUACUCAUAAUUCCUCGCCCCGGCGACCCGGCCGUCUGAAAACAACGCCGACCUCCGCUGGCUGUUCGCCGCAAAAGCGUGUUUCCACAUCCGUCUUCGACUGCCACUCGACUACUGCCGAGGAAAAGUGCAGAAGCGAGCGCGGGGAUCGCUCCUGUUGCCUCGACUGCAGCCGCGGACGAGGAGAGGAAAGCGCUCCGCCUGGACCCGGAGAACCAAGCAGGCCGGGCCGUCUCACCUCGCAGCCGGGAGUGAGGCCGAGGAGCAGACAUGGCCCACUCCGCUCGCCGCCUGCCCGCCUCGGAGUGGAGCCAGGCACUAGCUCGGGACUGGAGGCAUCCGACGGCACUGGAGAACCAGCUCCACUGGAGAAGCCCUUCAUCACGUGCACUGAGCGACGCCCCCCCCCCCCCCCCUCAGCUGCCAUAAAAACGGACCUUGGAAGUUCAUCCGUGCAAAUGACACCGCACAACGUGGCCGGCGGUGGCACUCACUGCGGUCUGCCCACGCCUGCCAACUGCGCCGGCCCUCUUACCCACACCCCCACCCACACCCGCAUCCGCAACCCCGAUAUUAGUAAUAUUGGCUCACCAACAGUCGGCCAUACCAUCCCACCACAACCACCAUCUGCAACGCAGCCUGAACCAUCCACAUGGCCUCGCAUCCACUUCACACACCACCUCUCCUCAAUCACGCUCUUAGACACCCCGCCUCCCCACGCCCCCCCCCCCUACUCCUCUUCUCUUCACGUCUCAGAACCACAUAACAUCAUUACCAUAACUUCACCACUUUCCGUACCAGUAACCAUCCCUUAG